AAACAAAUUUUUUUGAUAAUCCAACAAAAACAAAAGCAAAAGCAGAAUACAACAACAACAACCACAACAACCACAAAAGCGUAAAGAAGAAGAGACUGAUUUUUAAAACUAAAGAAGAAGACGACGAAGACGAAGCAGAAGACGGAUAAGGAUAAAGGAUAAGCUAAGACGAAGAGCAUCAUUGAGGCAAAAAGUGAUUCAGGAUCAAAUCCACAAAAAUAUAAAUCAACUUUCCAUACAACAACAAAGAAAAAAACAUACACCAUUAUAUUAAUCGAUAUACGAUAUACAUAUAUAUCGGAAUUUUUGUGCGAUUUUCCUUUUUGAAAAAUAAUACACCCAUGUUGAAGAAACUAAAGUGCAUGGAGGCGGCACAGGCGGCAGCAGCAGCAGCUGCCGCCGCCGCAACAGCAGCAGGAGGAGGAAGCGCUUCGGGACCGACUUCGGGUACCCCAAAACUGAUCAAAACCGAACCGAUCGACUUUGAGAUGCUCCACCUGGAGGAGAUCGAACGGGAGCCGAGCAGCAGCAGCAGCAGCAACAGCAACAGCAGUAGCAGCAACAGCAGCAGCAACGCUGCAACAAUGCCACAGAGAUACACCCACGUCCAGGUGCAGACAGUGCCGCCACGCCAGCCGACAGGCCUUACCACGGCUGGGGGCACUCAGAAGGUGAUUCUCACACCGCGAGUGGAGUACGUCCAGCAGCGAGCCACCAGCACUACGGUGGGUGCCAUCAAGCACAUUUACACCCAGCAGCAGGUGACAGCGAGCGGCGGUGCCAGUGCCGCACGUCAGACACAACCGGAGGCCAAUGCCGUGGCCCUGUCGGGGUCACCGCAGAUCAUCAUCACACGAGCGGUGCCCAGUCAGCAUCUGUCGCGUCGCCACUCGGACAGUCCCUCCUCCCUGCAUCAGUUCCAACAGCAACCAGCACUGCAGCAACAGCAGCAACAGCAGCAGCAGCAACGUCAGCAGCAGCAGCAUCAGCAGCAGUCGCCCCCGCCGCUGCACCACCAACAGAAUCAGCAGCAUGUGCGGGUCAUUCGGGAUGGUCGGCUGUACGAUGAAACCACUGUGGUGGUUGGUGGUGCACGUCGUCUGUCCGUGUCGCCGCCACCCCUCCACCAUCACUCGCGCUCGGCAUCCGUCUCGCCAGUCAUCAACAGACGCGGUGGGGCAACAGUAGCCACGGGUGGCUAUAUGGAUCAGCAGCAGCAGCAAUAUCAGCAGCGACAGACGCCACCAUUGGCGCCGCCACCACCCCCUCCACCGCCACCCCCGCCGCCUCCACCGCCCCAACAGCAACAACAGCAGACACAAUACAUCUCCAGUGGGGCAGCAUCCACACCCACAGCGGCUGCACGCAAGUUUGUGGUCAGCACCAGCACGCGACACGUGAACGUGAUUGCCUCCAACCACUUCCAGCAGCAGCAGCAACAGCAGCAGCAGCAACAUGUGGUGGCAAGCGUCAGUUCUAGCAGCAGCAGCAGCUCCUCUGCCAUCUCCUCAUCGGCGGCAGCCAGCUCUUCUUCCGCCACAUCGCACAUAUUUCGUACGCCGGUCGUCUCCAGCAGCAGCAAUAUCAAUCAGCAGCAUCACCACCACCAACAGCAGCAGCAGCACCAACAGCACCAACAGCACCAACAGCAGCAGCAGCAAUCGAAUAUGGGCAGCUCUGCCAUGCGUCCACCGCCGCCUCCGCCACCGCCGAAGGUCAAGCAUGCCCCCGGCUCGACCAGCAGCAGCAACAGCAGCAGCAAUUGCAACAACAGCAAUGGCGAGGAGCCGUCUAGCUCGAUUCCUGAUCUAGAAUUUGACGGUACUACAGUGCUGUGUCGUGUUUGCGGAGACAAGGCCUCCGGUUUCCAUUACGGCGUGCAUUCCUGCGAGGGUUGCAAGGGCUUUUUCCGUCGCUCCAUUCAGCAGAAGAUCCAGUACCGGCCCUGCACCAAGAAUCAGCAGUGCAGCAUUCUGCGUAUCAAUCGCAAUCGGUGCCAAUAUUGUCGCCUGAAAAAGUGCAUUGCCGUCGGCAUGAGCAGAGAUGCUGUGCGCUUUGGUCGCGUGCCGAAGCGAGAGAAGGCGCGCAUCCUUGCCGCCAUGCAGCAGAGCACACAGAACCGGGGCCAGCAGCGUGCUUUGGCCACAGAGCUGGACGAUCAGCCCCGUUUGUUGGCCGCCGUCCUGCGCGCCCAUCUUGAGACGUGCGAAUUUACCAAGGAGAAGGUUUCGGCCAUGCGGCAACGGGCUCGCGAUUGCCCCUCCUAUUCGAUGCCAACAUUGCUGGCCUGCCCCCUCAAUCCCGCCCCCGAACUGCAAUCCGAACAGGAGUUCUCGCAACGCUUCGCCCACGUUAUUCGCGGCGUGAUCGAUUUUGCGGGCAUGAUACCCGGCUUCCAGCUGCUCACACAGGACGACAAAUUCACGCUCCUCAAGGCGGGCCUCUUCGAUGCCCUGUUCGUGCGUCUGAUCUGCAUGUUCGACUCGUCGAUCAACUCGAUCAUCUGCCUGAAUGGGCAGGUGAUGCGUCGCGAUGCCAUCCAGAAUGGGGCCAAUGCCCGCUUCCUGGUGGACUCCACAUUUAAUUUUGCUGAGCGCAUGAACUCGAUGAACCUCACCGACGCCGAGAUCGGCCUCUUCUGCGCCAUCGUCCUGAUCACGCCCGAUCGCCCCGGUCUGCGCAAUCUGGAGCUCAUCGAGAAGAUGUACAGCCGUCUCAAGGGCUGCCUGCAGUACAUUGUGGCCCAGAAUCGGCCCGAUCAGCCCGACUUUCUCACCAAGCUGCUGGAGACGAUGCCCGAUCUGAGGACCCUCAGCACCCUGCACACCGAGAAGCUGGUCGUCUUCCGCACCGAGCACAAGGAGCUGCUCCGCCAGCAGAUGUGGAGCAUGGAGGAGGGACAGGAUGCGUCGUCUGGCAAAUCCCCAGCCGCCAGCUGGGCCGAUGCCAUGGACGUGGAGGCGGCCAAGAGCCCCCUGGGCUCUGUGUCCAGCACAGAGUCGGCGGAUCUCGAUUAUGGUUCACCCAGCAGCAGCUCAUCCAUGCAACAGCAGCAGCAGCAGCAGGUCGGUCAGGCCUCCGCCGCCUCACCGCCACAACCAUCGGCAUUGGCCAGUUCGGCUCCACUUUUGGCGGCCACCCUCUCGGGCGGCUGUCCACUGCGCAAUCGCGCCAAUUCUGGCUCCAGUGGUGAUUCCGGUGCCGCCGACAUGGACAUUGUUGGCUCGCAUGCGCAUCUCACACAGAACGGCCUGACAAUCACGCCCAUUGUGCGGCACCACCUCCAACAGCAGCAGCAGCAACAGCAGCAGCAGCAGCCCCAUCCCCACCAUCAGCAACAGCAGGCGCACGCCCAGCAGCAGCAGCAGCAACAUCCCACGCAGCAGCAUCAACAUCAGCACCAGCAGCAUCCGCAGCUGCACCACCACCUGACGGCGGGGGCAGGGAGUCGCUACCGGAAGCUGGACUCGCCCACGGACUCGGGCAUCGAGUCGGGCAACGAGAAGAACGAAUGCAAGGCCGUCUCCUCGGGCGGCAGCAGCUCCUGCUCCAGUCCCCGUUCCAGUGUGGACGAUGCCCUCGAUUGCAGCGACGCGCAGGUGUCCGCCGCCCAGGCGGUGGCCGCCGUCAAUCCGCAGCUGAGCGUGGUGGCCGUCUCUCCGGUCCGUUCGCCCCAGCCCUCGAGCAGCGCCAAUAUGCAUCUGAAGCGUCAGAUUGUCGAGGAUAUGCCCGUGCUGAAGCGCGUGCUGCAGGCACCGCCGCUGUACGACACCAAUUCGCUGAUGGACGAGGCCUACAAGCCGCACAAGAAGUUCCGGGCCCUGCGCCACCGUGAAUUCGAGUCCGCGGAGGCGGACGCCAGCAGUUCCACCCACAGCCUGGGCGCCCUCAGUCCGCGCCAGAGCCCCAUACCAGCCAGUGUGGCCACGCCGCCGCCCCAAUCGGCAGGCAUGACGGGAGUGUCUGGAGUGCCGGCCCAGAGCCAGCUGCAUAUGCACCUGACACGCGGCAGCCCCAGCAGCAGCCCCCAGGUGCAGGGCCCCAAGGUAUCGAUGGCCAGCUCCCACUCGGUGCUGGCCAAGUCGCUGAUGGCGGAGCCACGAAUGACGCCCGAGCAGAUCAAGCGGAGCGACAUUAUCCAGAACUAUCUGAAGCGUGAGCCGGGCACCACCGCGCUGGCCAGCAGCACCACCUCCUCCACGGCGAGCAUUGGCGGACGCAGCCCCAGCAGCCACUGCGCCUCGCCCUCGACCAGCAGUCCGCCGCCGCCGGCACCGCAGCGUUGGGGCAGCAGUUCGGUGAUCACGACCACCUGCCAGCAGAGGCAGCAGUCGGUGUCGCCGCACAGCAACGGGAGCAGCAGCAGCAGCAGCUCCUCCAGCUCCAGCUCCUCGUCGUCGUCCAGCUCAUCAUCCAGCAACAGCAACAGCAACUGCAGCUCCAGCUCUGUCGGCAGCUGCCAGUAUUUCCAGUCGCCGCACUCCACCAGCAGCUCCUCGGUGGCAGGCACAGCCGGCAACGGUGCAGUCGCAGCCACUGCCUCCUCCAGCCCCCUGCUGGAGCUGCAGGUGGACAUUGCCGACUCGGCACAGCCCCUCAACCUGUCCAAGAAGUCGCCAACGCCGCCGCCCAGCAAGCUGCACGCCCUAGUGGCCGCCGCCAAUGCUGUGCAGCGCUACCCCACUCUCUCCGCCGAUGUGACGGUGACUGCAUCAAGCGGGGGUGGUCCGCCCUCGAAGUCGGCCAGUCCGGCACCGAGCAACAGCCCGCCGGCUGUUGCGGCCGUGCACAAGGUCAUGCUAGAGGCGUAAGCUGCGCCUGGCUGGCUGUAGGCUGGCGGUAAAGAAGGUGAGACAGAGACUGACACUGGUCCUUAGGGGGAUGAUGUGAGAGAUAGAUAGAGAGAGAGUGUGGAGAGUGUGGAGAGUGUGGAGAGUGCGGAGAGUGCGGAGAGUGCGGAGAGGAGAGGGGAUUAAGUUAUUUUAGAGAGUUUCGUGAGAGAUUCUUGUACAAAAAGAUCGGGAGAGGGAAUGCAACCAACCAGUUGAUGGAUUAAGAGGAAAUACUAUAUUUAAUGGAAGAGAACAACAGAAAAAAAACUAAAAGUUAUUAAUUUAAACCCACGCUUGAAGGUAUUACCACACCACGAGGAAACCAGAGAGAGAGAGAGAGGGAGAGAGGAAUAUGCAUAUAUAUUUUAGCAGUUAAACUUUAAAGUAGAGCGAAGAGACCAUCCCUUCCCCCCACAACCCAACCCCACCCAAUCAGAAAGCCCCGAUUGUUUUUAUACGUUUUAAGCACUAUUGUUGUAUAUAUAUUAAUUAUUUUAUAUUUAAUUUAUGCUUACGGUUUAGU